AUGCACAUUGUUAUUGUGCUGAUUCUGCUCUAUGAAAUAUCAGCUCUCUCGUACGAUCAGCCAAAGCUGUGUCCAACAGCAAAGUGGAAUCAAGACGCGUCGCCUUUUGCAGGUGUACAUGACGUCGGAACCGAAGAGCAUGCUGUGCUCAUAUUCAUUGAUGCAAAUAACACAUUUUAUGUUACUUCUGACGCUAAAAAUCAAGUUAUAGUCAGGUCUCACAUUACCGUGGAUCCCACCACGAUCAGCUACGUAGAUUUUUCGGUGGCUGACUCGAUAUUUGUUUCGAACAAUGGUGAUAUUUACAUUGCUGCUAACCAGGGCCGCGUUUACAAAUGGACGGCGGGUGCGAAAAAUAUCCUUGCUUUCACCGGCAUAUAUGAUCCAUGCACUGAUCUGUUUGUAGAUGUUGACAAUAAUCUGUACUGUUCAAUGUUUGGAGAUCAUAUAGUCUUAAAGAGAUUCUUGAACACUAAUGAUGAGGAGAAUAAAAUGAUUAUUGCUGGUACACGGAAAAACGGUUGGAAACCGAAUCAAUUGGAUGGUCCUAGAGGAAUCUUUGUUGACAUCAAUUUUGACUUAUAUGUGGCGGAUUAUAAUAAUCACCGAAUUCAACUAUUUUAUCCAGGAGAAGCACGCGGAAAAACAGUAGCAGGACAUGAUUCAUCCGAUAUUACAACAAUACUGCAGGGUCCAGUUGCUGUUGUAUUGGACGCUGACAAAUUCAUUUUUAUCACGGAAUAUGGAACUAAACGCAUCGUUGGAUCAGGACCAAAUGGUUUUCGAUGUUUGGUUGGAUGCGAUGAGAAAAUUAUUGAUCCCAAUCAAUUCGAGUAUCCCCGAAGUUUUAGCUUUGAUGUGUACGGAAACAUAUUUGUUUGUCUUAUGAGUAAUGUCCGAAUACAGAAAUUCCAUCUACAAAAAGAUUCUUGUGUGGAUGUUCCAUCAAGCGUUGAAACGCAAUACUCAUCGAUCUUAACAGCAAACCACACCAUGUUUUCACGUGCUACACUCGAUCACUUUAAAUAUCACUAUGAAGAAAUUGAAAUCAUUGUCCGCGAGAAGGGCUUCUAUGUUCUCACCGGCAACAGUAGUAUCGAUCUGUAUGGUCAUGUAUACAAAGAUCAUUUCGAUCGAUUCAAUCCGAAACACAACCUUAUUGCGUGGUACGGCAAAUGCUGUAACAGAGAUCAGUUUAAAUUCACCCUUGAACUUCUUCUCAACACGAAAUAUAUCUUGGUUGUAACAACGUAUAAUCCAAAUGUGACAGGCCCAUUCUCGAUCACUGUAUUCGGUUCUAACACAGUUCAUCUUCAACGCACGAAUUCUGAAUCCGUUGUCGAAUCAGUACACUCGUCUGCAUUGACAACAGAUCAUCCAACAUAUGCCCGUGAUAUUUGUACAAAAACCAGCAAGUACUAUUACGAAGCACUGCAAAUGUACGUGAAUGAAAGUGGCUUCUAUACUAUUCUUAGCAGCAGUUCUAAUAUCGACAUAUCCAGUUAUAUAUAUAAACAGAAAUUCUACUCAGUCAUACCAUCAGUAAAUUUAUUCUCGAAUGAAGAUAAUGGUUGCAAUGGUAAUCCAUACCAAAUUACCGUGCAAUUAGAGACGAACGUUCCAUACAUUCUGAUAGUGUCAACCUGUGUCCCAAAGAUAACAGGAGAAUUCUCUGUCAAAGUACUUGGUAGUAGCCAUGUCAGUUUUCAAAGCACAAAUGAUUCACCAGCUGUUUAUACUGAUCAUCGGUCACAACUAACAGGCAAUAGUUCAACAUACGAUAAACAAUGUACCGGUUCACUCUAUCACUACGAAACUACACAGCUAAGCGUGCCUAGAAAUGAAUACUAUGCCGUUUCAAUUGAUGCAGGCAAUCGUGUAGAUAUUUAUCUCUAUGAAAACCAAUUUGAUCCAUACAAUCCAAAAAAAAAUUCUAUUCGAUUCCGCGGCCGUCAGUGCCGGCGUGAAGAAAAAUUCAGAUUCACAAUUAACCUUCGUACUGAUAUCAGAUACAUAAUACUUGUAUCAAAUAAAUAUAAAUUAAGGAACACACACUUCACAGUCGGAGUACUUGGCUUAACGGAUGUCAAUCUCGACCGUUUUAUUGUCAACGCCACGCACUGUUAUGUUGGUGGUUCGUGUAAUAUCCAAGUGAAAAGUAUUGGCUUAACUCUGGAUGAUAUUUUACGGUUGGAAGUGAAACGAAAUAUGACUAUUCAUGAUCAACCACUUAUUAUUAAAAUAGGUUCUGCUUCGACAAUAGCCAUGCUAGUUGCAGGUGUUAUGAGUAGUGUUUGUUCAAUUUUAACUUUUCAAAAUCAGGCUUUACGACAAGUUGGUUGUGGACUGUAUCUUCUUGCAUCAUCAGUUACUUCUCUUUUGUCAGUUACCGUGUUUACAGUUAAAUUUUGGUUCGUUGUUGUCACACAGAUGGACACGUCCAUUCGUUUAUCUGUUCUCCAAGGUGGUUGUAAGUGGAUUGAAACUCUUCUUAAACUUUUCUUCUACUGGGAUACUUGGCUAAACGCAUGUGUCGCAACUGAACGGGCGAUAAGUGUUUAUAAAGGCGUGAACUUCAAUAAAAAGAAAAGCAAACGUUUUGCUCGAUGGAUUAUAUUUAUCUUACCAUUUGGUAUCAUGGUUACAAUCAUUCACGAGCCAUUAUAUCGACAACUAUUCAGUUAUGACCCAGAGGAAAUGAAGCGAUUCACCAGUUUCGUAACCCUAUCAGAAACACGAACAUGGUACACCUGGUGUAUAACUUCGUAUCCUCAAUCAAUUCAAGAUUACAACACAAGUAUUCUGUUCAUUCAUCUUCUUGGACCAUUCAUUAUAAAUCUUCUUUCUGCCGUAUUGAUCAUCAUUGGAACUGCUCGACGACGAGCAGAAGCUCAAAAUCGACAAAAUUUCACGCAGCAUAUGCGAGAACAGUGGAAUGAACAUAAGCAACUUGUCAUCAGUCCUAUCAUUCUACUUCUUUUAUCGUCCCCACGAUUAGUCAUCUCUUUGUUAUCUGGAUGUAUCGACGUGCCUCAUUAUUCAUGGUUGUAUCUUUCCGCUUACUUUAUCUCAUUUCUACCGCCGAUAUUUAUGUUUGUCAUAUUCGUUGUUCCUUCGAGUUCUUAUAGAAAAACUUUCAAAGAAUCAUUUUCUCGUAUUUGUAAAAGACAACGAUCGUAG